UAUUUUCAGUAGAAAAUGUUUAUUAUAAAUUUUUUCACUUUAUUUUUCAGUCAAGUUUUUCGGGAAGAGCUAGAGAGGAUCAUAGAGUCCCAAAUGAGUGAAGGUGGGGUCACAGCGAAUUUAUCUGCUCUACAACAAGUGACAGAACUUUUGCUUCCUCACACUUCUCGUACAGCUCCAACAGCUGUUAGGUCUGGUGUUUGCGUUAUUCCAAUCAAUGACAUCCGGGGAGUAGAUGGAUUACGUUAUGCUAAAGGUGAAAAGGUACAGCGAACUAAGUUGGCUGCAGUCUAUAGGUUAAUAGAUUUGUAUGGCUGGGCUGAAAGCAUGUUUAACAAUAUAACUGUGCGUGUUAGUCAAGACCAAGAACACUUUCUAUGCCAUCCAUAUGGAUUACAGUAUCAUGAAAUCACUGCCUCAUCCUUAUUGAAAGUUGACAUGCAAGGAAACGUUAUUGAUCUUGGGACAACAAACUAUACAUUCAAUAAAUCAGGAUUUUCUUUGCAUUCAGCCAUUCAUGCUGCCAGGCCAGAUAUAAAGUGUAUUAUUCAAGUCCAUUCUCCCCCUUGCAUUGCCGUAAGUGUAUUCCUUCUCAAUUUUUUAAAAUUGCAAGAAUAUU